UGCACUCUCCAUUAGUGAGGUGACAGGACACUUCUCUGUCUCUCCAUAUUUUCUCUCUUUCUCGCUCUCCCUCGCUCUCUUCCUCCUUAGCUUCCUUUAACAGCAGGGAUGUAGUCCUCUGCCCCUUUCAAACUUCAGCACCUGCUAUGCUGUGAACUCCUUGGUGACCUCUAUUGAUUCUAUUGAGACCGCUCCUUACUGAGAUAUUUUGCUCCACUUGUUUGAGAGGAUCUAAGAGGACCUUAUUGGGUUUGGAAGUUGUUUGAUUUCUCUCUAUACCCUGGUAGAACUACAGGACCAUGGCCAUGAAGGAGACCAUUCUGCCCAUCAGCGAGGUGUCUGGCCCGGCCCCGUUGCCCUACCCGGAGGUAGUGGAGCUCAACGUGGGUGGCCAGGUGUAUGUCACGAAGCGCUCUACCCUGGUCAGCGUGCCCGACACCACCCUGCACGCCAUGUUCACCCGGUGCCCGCCACGGGAGCUGCCAAGGGACAGCCGCGGUCGCUUCUUUAUCGACCGCGAUGGCUUCCUGUUCCGCUACGUGCUGGACUUCCUGCGAGACCGCCAGCUGGUGCUGCCCGACCACUUCCCUGAGCGUGAGCGCCUGCAGAGGGAAGCCGAGCACUUCCAGCUGGGCGAACUGCUGCGCCUCCUGGGGCCCAGGGUGGGUUCCAAGCAGGGCUCCAUGAAUGAUGAAGGCUGCCACAGCGAUAUUGAGGAGAGCUCACAAAGCAGUGAGUACCCCACAGGUCGUACCUUGACUUCCUCGGACAAGAGGUCAGGGUUCAUCACCAUCGGCUACAGGGGAUCCUACACCACGGUGCGGGACAAUCAAGCCGACGCCAAGUUCCGACGCGUGGCCAGGAUCAUGGUGUGUGGACGCAUCGCCCUGGCCAAAGAGGUGUUUGGGGAAACACUGAACGAGAGCCGGGACCCAGAUCGGCCGCCGGAGAAGUACACGUCAAGGUUUUACCUCAAGUUCACCUACUUGGAGCAGGCAUUUGACCGUCUUUCUGAGGCGGGCUUUACAAUGGUGGCUUGUAAUUCCACGGGAACAGCCGCUUUUGUCAACCAGUACAGGGACGACAAACUCUGGAGCAGCUACACAGAGUACAUCUUCUUCAGGCCGGCAUCGAAGAUCGUCUCCCCCAAGCAGGACUGUGAGGAGCGCCAGAAGGACAAACUGGGCACCGACAAGGGCAGCGAGAGCGGCACCUCCCUCAACGAACUCUCCACCUCCAGCUCCGAGACCCACUCUGAGGCCACCUCGCCCCAGGACGGCCACAACUUGGGUGGGGGAGGCGGCGGGGCAUCCAUGGCCCCCUGCGGAGCCCUCCAGUCUGUCUCUCGGCAGCCCAGCACCCUCACCCUUGGGCGGCCCUCCAAGAAGGGCUCGUCAGUGCAGUGGAUGCAGCUGCCAGAUAAGCGACGCAACAGCGAGCUCUUCCAGUCGCUGAUGGGGCGUGAGGGCGGCCUGAGCAGGAAGAAGAACACGGAGAGACCCAGCGCAGAGGAAGAGAUGAAGCAGUGCAUACAGGACUUUAACAACAUCAAAAUCCCACAGGCUUUCCCCGAGCGCAAGCGGCAGUGGCAGUCCGAACUACUCCAAAAGUAUGGUCUAUAGGGACCCUUUUCUAACACCAUGCCACAAGCAGUAGUCAUUUUAAUUUGGAUUCCCUCCAUUUGGCUGGUUUUAAGUGCUAUGAUUCAUUCUCAAAUGUCUUCCAGUUCAAAUGAAGUUAAAAGGAUGAUCAACAAACUGUUUUUGUGAGGGGAGGCACAAGGUUAGUAAGCACAUGCAUUUCUGGGGCACAUCCCCUUUACCGGUAUGUUGUCUCUUCAGUUCUAGAUUGCAUUGGAGAUUACGUUUGAAACAAUAUGCCUAUGUGUACAGUAUAUGACUACUGUACAUUUGUCCAGUUUAUUAGGUACACCACCCCGUUCACAAAAAUGGUUCGCUCCUACAGACAGCGAGUCAGGUGGCUGUGGCAUGCUAUAUAAAGCAUGCAGACAUGCAAAGAGGCAUUCAGUUACUGUUCGACUGACUGUUAGAAUGGGCAGAAUACAGUUGAAGUCAGAAGUUUACAUACGCCUUAGUCAAAUACAUUUAAACUCA